ACCUAAUAAAAUUUUGAGGUUACAGCAAGAAAUUUUCAAAAUACAAUGGCAAGUUCGGACACAAAAUACCAUCAAAUGACCCCCGAAGAGUGGCUAAGUUUGACAAAAUAUUUUGUUGGGAAUAAUCAGAGAUACAGGGAAAAUAUUAUAUUGCCGAAGUUUUUAGGUCCUGUUAAAAUAAAGACCAAUGAAGAGAAAGCGGUUGAAGCAGUUUUCGAAAGCUGUGCUUUUAAGUCUUUAAUGAGCUGUGUUGUAGGUUAUGGGUUGGGAGCAGCGAUAGGCCUGUUCUCUUCAAGUGUGGGCCCUUCUGUUACUAGUGUAGAGCAGCAGUCAGCAAAAGAAGUCUUUAGAGAAAUGAAAACCACCACUUUAAGUUAUGCCAAAAAUUUCGCAAUAAUAGGAGCAAUUUUUUCUGCUGUUGAAUGCACUAUAGAAUCAGCUCGGGGGAAGUCCGACUGGAAAAAUGGCACAUAUGCAGGGGCGGUUACGGGGGGUAUUUUAGGUUUAAGAGCUGGUGUAAAGGCAGCUAUAUUUGGAGCUGCAGGAUUUGCAGCUUUUUCAACGGCAAUAGACUAUUACAUGCAUUCUAGAUAAUGUAAUAAAAGUUAUUUGAAACUGUAAGACAUAAUAUA